GAUAAAGCUGCCGCUGAACGGUCAUGCGCAUUCUCACUAUCCCGCUAGGAAGUAAGUCGUAGGCUACCUGGAGCAUCCUAGGUGUCGAGAGGUAUUCCCCUUAGAUCAAGUACGUGAAAAAAAGAAAGGACAGUCUCAUACAUUGGUGGCGCCUUAUGGCGGACACACACAGGUCCAAGUCAUUUUGUGUGUAUAUAAUUAAUCGAAAUUCAACGGCCUACAGUUCAAAAUAACAGUGCGUUUGAAUAUUGGACACGGCCAUUUAAAUUGUUGAUUACCUGUUCACCUUGCUGUGAAAAUUGAUCGGACGAAAGAAUCGAGCUGCAGCUGCUAUUAACGAUACACAUCCAGCAGACAACGGAAUCAUCGACUAUCGAUAACGACGCAGAGACUCGAGGGAUCGUCAUCUUCGUCAAUUAUUCCUCCUAUGGCAACCGUGAAACCUAUACAGUGGCCAACCGAUAAUAAUCCAACAUCAAAUGUUAGGGCAGCUACUUAGGGGACGACAGUCUCUCUCGGGGGGACUUUCCAUCCGGUUGAAUUCUUCCCGUCCAGUUCUUUUGUAGUUUCAAUUCAUUUUUCCACUGCCGUUCCGAAAGUACCCGAGUUGCUGAUUCGUUUUGUGAGAGGCAUGUCCCUUAGCGGCCGUUCGGUCGGGUCGAGAGUAUCAAGCGUUAUCACGGCUGGACACGUAGGCCAAGAAGAGAAUCAGCCAAACUUAGACAGCCCACCGGUUAGCCGCAACGAAGUGUUGGAGGUUUUCGAGACGUGGAGAAAUUCAGCAUCGAUCGCAGGUCGUUCGGACGACAGCGGGCUCGGUCAGGUUUCAUCGUCCGGUACGUCCGACAACCAUCAAUCAUCACCAACUAAGCAGACAAAGGUGGUCAGGAAAAGGAACCCGCAGGCUAAUAAAUCGCCGGACUCGAUGUCGGUCAACAUGAAUAAUCAGGGCAAUAAUAAGCUGCCCAAGAUUGGCAAUAAAAAGCCAUCGCGUCAGUCUACGAUGCAUUCGCUAGUCAGUCCGCCCGGCCACAAUGUGGAGGAACGGCGUCGUUUCGUCACCGUCGUCCGUCCGCUGAGUGUGUUCCCGGAGCCGGCCUUACCGCCCAACUACACGCCGUCGGUGUUCAGCACUUGUACUAGCAAUAACGAUGGUGCUUAUAGUAAUCGAUAUGACGAUUUUAGCCCGAUGAUUCAGCAGCACAAUCCGGUUCAACGUGGACGACCGCCCAGCCCGGCACCGUUCCAUCGCCAGCGUCCCAAUCAGCGCAAUAUCAGCAACAGCAAUUUCUCACUGGCCGGCCAAGGCGUCGCCAAUGGCUAUCACGUGGGUGGCGGUUCAUCGUCGCUGAAAGUCAAUUUAGCGGGCGGAAGCGGUUGGGAUUUGACGGCCAUCAAACGCGGCUAUGACAACGUCGGAUACAACGUCACCUACAAAUCUAUGCAUGACCGAUCUAUGGAGAACGGAGUUCGCUACCAAUCGCAGAACGCGCUCGAUCAAGAGAUAAGCAUGCCUCCGUGGAAUCCGCACUUCGGCUACAGCAAAGUCUUGUCCCAACAGAAUCUGCCUUUGACCGAUGACUGGAGGCGACACAUCGACGCUAGACGCAAAGCCCUGCAACGUCGUCGCACUAAGCGUCGAGGUGUGGCCGACGGCGGCAGUCAUUUCGGUGCCAACGGGGACCGCUACUACAACGGGUCCGUCCAGACAGACGGCAAUUUCGAAGAGCUACUAAGACGGGCUGGAGAUGUGGAGUCGAGCGUGCAGACGGACUCAUCCAUCGAUAACGUCAAGCGGAACAGGACGGUGAACGGAUCGACGGACGCAAUCAGCUCUCUAAAUAGCAACACGCAGGACGGUUCGACGCAGGUGGUGUUGACCGACUUGCCGGACUUUGAGACGAGCCUGGCGCCAGUCGUGGAACAAAUGGUGAACGUGACGCUGGAACAGGCUUUCGUCGAGAUGCUGGAAGACGAAGAAAUCAAAGAGAUCCGUCAGCAACGCGUCCAGUUCCAGCAACUGAGGAUGGCCGAGUUGACCACGUCCAAACUGAUGAACGUCGUCGCCGAAUGAAAUUCUUGUUCGUUAUAUACGCAUUCGAGCCCCGAAAUUUGCGCAAUACUUUUUGUUUUUGGAACAUGUUUUGAAUUUGCCGCCCAAAAAAUGGCUGGAAUUCAAAACAAAUUUCUGUCCCAAUUAUUGGCCUUGGAAACAACAAAUUGGAUCGCUAUCAGCAAUCAUGACUCAACUAAUAUUAUAGUAUAUCUAAUCACGGAAUCAAUUAUUCUAUACGUCAAGACACACACAACCAAAUACAAAGAUUCAUCUUCUUUUAAAGAAGAUGAUGUUAACACCA